AUGGGUGGUCAGCUUAGUAAAGCGCUCGGCAAGCUGUUUGGGAAUAAGGAGAUGCGGAUUUUGAUGUUGGGUCUGGAUGCUGCGGGGAAGACUACCAUCCUGUAUAAGCUCAAGCUCAACCAAUCGGUCACCACCAUCCCUACGGUUGGGUUCAACGUUGAGACGGUCACGUAUAAGAACGUCAAGUUCAACGUAUGGGACGUAGGAGGACAAGACAAGAUCCGUCCACUAUGGAGACAUUACUACACCGGAACGCAGGGUCUCAUCUUCGUUAUCGACUCGGCGGACCGGGACCGGAUAGACGAAGCGCGGCAAGAACUGGACAGGAUCUUGUCGGAUAGGGAGAUGAAGGAUUGUCUGUUGAUGGUGUUUUCAAACAAGCAGGAUUUACCUGGAGCCAUGUCCCCUGCCGAGGUCACCGAGAAGCUGGGGCUGCACAAGAUGCGGGACCGGUCGUGGUAUGUGCACCCAAGUUGCGCUACCACAGGAGAGGGUUUGUUUGAGGGUCUCCAAUGGCUUUCUCAGAACGUCAAGGGCACGAAAUCAUGA